CAAAUGUUUUGUCUGGGCUUAUGCACGAGUACUAUAUUAGUUUAAGUGGAAAUUCAAGGAUCUAAAAAUUGAUAAUCAAAUAUAGGUUGAGUUCAUAUAGCGAUACACAAAGACUCUGUUAUUUUACAAUUAGAGGGACCUUUAAAAAAUUAAAGAAAAAAUCAAGAAAGUGUGAGACUCCGGGUCAAAGCCAGAGGGCACCCGCUUUUCUAAGCAGAGGCACCAGAUCGCCGGCGAUAUGAGCCGCCAAAACCUUGUCCAAGUCACCGAGGAGCUUCCCGCCGAUGAAAGCCGCCGGAAACGACGGCAUACGAGCGGCGGGACCUGCAGUGCAGCUGCGAAUCCGGGAAAGCUGGUUGGCAACGACGAGCUCGUCCUCCACAUCGACGUCGUAAAUGGUGGGGUUGGCGCCGAGGCCCAAGAGCAACCGCUGCAUGACGUAGGACAUCCAGCAGCCGCGCCUGCCGAAGAUGAUGAUCGCAUUCUCCGCCACGAGCAGCGCGCAAUCGAUGUCGUGGAUGCUGCCGGAAUCGCACGAGCCUUCGCUCGAGGUGGCGCCGGAGUUGUUCUCACAUCGGGGCGAUUGUUUCAUGGUUAAAAUUGGGACCGGAGAGUUGAUUCAGGGAUGAAAUGGCGUUUAAUUUAGAUC